GUCAAAUCACUAUAGUUCCAUUCAAUAAACUCGUUAAAAUUCAUAAAUAAUCUAUGGUUAAUGGUGCCAUAGUUAACAGUUUGAGGAGAUUACACGACCGCGUUUUCCAAUUUUUCUGUUUUGGUAACGAAUGAAUCAUAACCCAUCAUCAUUCACCAUCAAUUGCUUAAUGUAUAUAGUCAACAUUGAUCAAUAAUCAUUUCAUAUAAUAGAGAGUCAUUAAGUAUAAUAGAAUUCAAGAUGGCAUAUUAUCAACAGCAAGUAAAUAAUCCGCAGAAUAUGCAAUUUUAUCAAUCAGAUUAUGCCAAUACAUAUCAACAACCUAAUACUGGAGGCAAUCUAGGAGCAAUGGAUAGUGGAUUUGGAGGUAAUAUAGAUGUUAGUGGAGUAAUGGGAGGAGGAGAAUUAACUCAAGGGAUAUUGGCAGCAUUUGGUACCUCGGGAUAUCCUGGAGAACCUCCAUUACUUGAAGAAGUAGGAAUAAAUUUUCAACAUAUAAAAUCAAAGACAUUAGCUGUAUUAAAUCCUAUAAAUCAAAAUAUUAGUUCUGAUAUAAUUGCUGAUGCAGAUUUAGCAGGUCCAAUACUUUUUGUAUUAUUAAUAGGUACAUUAUUAUUAUUAUCAGGUAAAGUUCAAUUUGGUUAUAUUUAUGGAGUUGGACUCUUUGGUACUACAGGUUUACAUUAUUUAUUUAAAUUUAUGGGUACAAAUGUUCAAAUUGAUUUAGCAAGAUCUGCUUCAGUUAUUGGUUAUUGUUUAUUACCUUUAGUAUUAUUAAAUGUAAUUGGUGUAGUAAUGUCAUUAGAUAAUAUGGUUGGAUAUAUUUUAAGUAUAUUAGCCGUAAUUUGGUGUACUUAUUCAGCUUCAGGAUUUUUUGUGGCAGUAUUACAAUUACAUAAUGCAAGACCUUUAGUUGCUUAUCCACUUUUUAUGUUUUAUUCGGUAUUUGCAUUAAUGACAAUCUUUGUAGAAAAAUCCGAUUAAUUGAUUAAUUAAUAAUUAAUAAUCAACUAAUUAAUUAGUUAGGUUCUUUCAUAAAUUAUAUAGGUUAUGCUUAGCAUAGUAAAUAUUUAUUAGCGUAACAUAUUUUUAGUGACCUAUGUCGCACACACCACUAACAAAAUCUUGAAAAAUGUCUCUCUUUAGUAUCCCUACUAAUAUAACCCCACUAUUAAUUAAC